AUGCAUAAACCUACCGCUUUAGCUCGCUUGCUUCUCUUGGAUUCUACACCGUCCCGCUCUGCGAAAAUCAAGCAAACACACAGCGCAAGCCUCUCGGAAAGGUUCCGGACACCAGUUGUUUCUCUCUUUGUCUCUCUCUCGUGAUCUCUGAGAAAAUCUCAAAUGAGUCGUCAUCCUACAGUAAAGUGGGCCCAGAGGUCCGAUAAGUUGUUCAUCACCAUUGAGCUUCCAGACGCCAAAGAUGUGAAGCUUAAACUGGAGCCAGAGGGGAAAUUCUUCUUUUCUGCUACGACCGGAGCAGAUAACAUACCUUAUGAAAUAGAUAUGGAGCUUUAUGAGAAGGUUGACGUGAAUGAGAGCAAGGCUAGUGUUGGCUUGAGAAACAUUUGCUACCUUAUAAAGAAGGCAGAGAGUAAAUGGUGGGGCCGAUUGUUGAAGCAGGGGGGAAAACAACCUAUCUUUCUGAAAGUUGAUUGGGACAAAUGGGCUGAUGAAGAUGAAGAGCAGGAUAGCAAAUUGGGAUCUUCUGAUGCAGACUUUGGUGACUUGGACUUUUCGAAACUUAACAUGGGUGGCGGAGAUUUUGAUGGUGUUGCCGCUGACAAUGAUGAAGGUGGUAGGCAAUGAUGAAAGUGACAGCGAAGAGGAAAAUGCUGAGGUCUCCGGUGAAGAGACUGCACCUGGCAGUGGAGAGCCUGAGGCUAAAGCUUAAUGCUGUCGUCAAAGGUGCUCUGCCAUUGUGUCCUGUGAACUCUUUUCUUGUCAACCCUGGUUUUGCUCUACAAUGAAUGUAGAAAAUAUUUGCUUUGCUGAAACAUUUUCUGGGGAAUUACAAUGCAUAUGAUCUUUUUGAUCAAUGCUAAGUUGUAUUUCGGCUUGUCUGUUCGAUUUUGCAUUAGGAAUGUCCGUAUCUGUACAAGAGAGGAACAAACAAUCAACUUGAUUUCGGGUCUCAUCAAUUUUAUAGCAAUUAAAUUUGGGAUAA